AUGCUGUUCCCGGAAGAGGAUGCGCCGCAGCUCAAGACAUGGAUUGUCAAGCGCAUUGAGAACACGUCAGAUGCUGAUUCCGACGUGCUUGCCGACUAUGUCAUCGCCCUGCUGAAACACGACGGCGACGCCGCAUCGGUGCGGACGCUUUGCGAGGCUGAGAUUCCCGAUUUUUUGACUGAAGAUCCAAAGGCUUUCCUAGACGACGUCUUCCAAGCGAUCGCGUACAAGUCAUAUCGACCAGGCGCUCCGCCGCCCCCGAACACCAGUGCCAUUGGCGCCGCAGCUCGUCCUCUCCCAAGUGCCCAGGGCGUACAAAGCAGUGCGCCACAACAUACCGGCUCAAGAAAACGAGGAUUCCACGAUGACGGCGAAUACGAUGGGCCGGCUUCGCAUGGCAGGGGCCACAAGCAGCCUCGACGGGGCUCGAACCACGGGAGAAUGGACGACUCGAUGAUGGGCGGCCAGCAAGGGAGCUACGUUUCCGUGGACUCAAUGCCCGGCAUGACACAUUUUGAUCCCAAAAGCGCUCUUGAAGCGAUUAUGCAGAUGCAAGCUAUGGGUAUUCCCUACCCUGGCAUGGCUGAGUUCAUGGCUCAGAUGCCUCAUGGAGGUGGUGGAAGGAGUUCACAGCGGCGGAGAGGACGCUGUCGAGAUUUUGAUACCAAAGGAUAUUGUUCUCGUGGGAAUCAGUGCAUGUACGACCAUGGCAACUCUUCCAUCUAUGUCCCCAAUAUGUUAUCUGGAAUCGAAGAGUAUGAUCCUAACAAUGCUGUUCUGGGCUUGCCUGCACUUGCAGCAAAUCCUUACCAGUUUCCGAUGGACACGAAGCCACGCGGUCGAGGCCGUGGCGGCCGUGGCGGUAAGAAAGGCGGUGCCAGAGCCUCUUUCUCAGCAGAGGGCCCGGUACACGACCGUUCCAAGAGCACCAUUGUCGUGGAAAACAUCCCUGAAGAGAGUUUCAAUGAAGAUGAGGUCCGCACUUUCUUUUCACAGUUUGGCGAGAUUGUUGAAGUCUCCAUGCAGCCAUACAAGCACUUGGCGAUUGUGAAAUAUGACAAGUGGGCGUCAGCAAAUGCGGCAUAUCGGUCGCCAAAAGUCAUUUUUGAUAACAGAUUUGUCAAGGUCUUCUGGCACAAGGAUGAUGGUGGCAAGUCAUCAUCGAAGCAUGGCGAUGGUGGGUCAUCGAAAAUCAACGGUGAUGGGUCUUCUGCUCCCGUAGAAGCUGAGCCUGAAAUUGAUAUGGAAGAGUUCCAGCGGAGGCAGGAAGAGGCUCAAAAGCAGCAUCAAGACAGGGAAACUAAGCGAGUAGAGUUGGAACGACAACGUCAAGAGUUGGAGAAGCAGCAGCAGGACCUUCUGGCAAGACACAGGGAGGAGAGUGAAAGGCUGAAAGCGAGGCUAGCCGAGAAAGGCGGCGAUGCUAAAGCUCCAGGAUCGUCAUCAUCAACCGAUAUGCUACGUGCGCAGUUGGCAGCAUUGGAACAGGAAGCUAUGAUUCUUGGUAUUGACCCUGACAUGGCCGAAGAUGGAGGCAGCUACAGCUCAAGAGGCAGGGGGUAUAUGGGGCGCGGUGGACGUGGUAGUGAGCGAGGUUUUGCGCCAAGAGGUCGCGGCUCGUUCAGGGGGCAAGUAGGAAGACAUGCGGCCUAUGCACAGUAUUCGCUGGACAACCGGCCGCGGAAGUUGGCUGUCACUGGGGUGGACUUUACUCCAGCUGACAAGGAUGAAAUGCUUCGGCAUUUCCUCUUGAACUUGGGCGAAUUUGAAUCCGUGGAAACUACACCCACCGUCACAAACGUAUCUUUUCAGGAUCGCAAAACAGCCGAAAAGUUUUACUACAGCUUACAUGGCAAAGAAUUACCCGGAGUCGAAGGAACGCUUGAUCUCUCCUGGGUCAAUACACCUUUGCCACCCGUUGGAUCCUUCAAGAAGAAUGAAGAUGUUGGUGAUGGCGACGCCAUGGCCGGAAUGAACGACGACGAAGAAGAAGGCGAGGUCAUCGAAGACUUACCUGAGAAGCAUAUACAAGGGCGCCAGGUCGACAUGGACUAUGAUGUCGGGGAUGGCGAGGGCUGGGUUGAAUGA